AUGACGCCUACUAAUAAAACUUCGGGUUCACUUGAGCAAAUGUCUAAAAAUGAUACUUUAAAACUGCGAGAGCGACACAUUGGGCAAUCGUGUAAGCUUUUUUAUCGAUCAAAUCCUUUGAAGAUUGUGAAAGCAUCCGGACAAUACAUGUACAAUGAACGAGGAGAGCGUUAUCUCGACUGCAUCAACAACGUUGCGCAUGUGGGACACUGUCAUCCGGAGGUAGUUAAAGCCGGUCAGGAACAAAUGGCUCUUCUGAGCACCAAUAAUCGGUUUCUGCAUGACAAUUUGGUAGUUUGCGCCCAGCGAUUGACUUCGCUGCUGCCGGAGCCGUUGUCUGUUUGCUUUCUGGUGAAUUCUGGAAGCGAGGCCAAUGAUUUGGCCCUCAGACUCGCUGAAGCUCAUACUGGGAACAGAGACGUCAUUGCUAUCGACCACGCUUAUCACGGACACUUGACCUCGCUGAUCGAUAUCUCGCCCUACAAGUUCAAUCAACUGGAGAACGGAAAGAAGGAGUGGGUACACGUGGCUCCCUGCCCGGAUGUCUAUCGCGGAAAAUAUCGAGACGUGGACUAUCCGGAGGAGGAUCUCGGAGAAAAGUACGCUGAGGACGUUAAGAGGAUCUGCGAUAAUGUUAAGUCUCAAGGACGGGGUAUUCGCGCUUUUAUUGCUGAGAGUCUUAUAUCUGUUGGCGGGCAAAUUAUUCCGCCAGUUAAUUAUUUUAAAAAUGUCUAUAAGCACGUCCGUGAAGCGGGGGGUGUAUGUAUCGCAGAUGAAGUUCAAGUAGGAUUCGGCAGAGUGGGAUCACAUAUGUGGGCUUUUGAACUUUACGGCGAGGAGGUAAUACCGGAUAUUGUAACGUUCGGUAAACCAAUGGGAAAUGGGCAUCCUGUAGCAGCAGUCAUAACAACUCAGGAGAUUGCCGCCAGUUUUAAGAGUACCGGCCUCGAGUACUUUAAUACCUACGGCGGUAACCCGGUGUCGUGUGCGAUAGCGAACGCAGUGAUGGAAGUAAUUGAAAAAGAGGGGCUUCAAAAGCACGCUGCUAAAGUCGGGGGUUACUUGUUGAGCGAAUUAAUUAAAUUAUCUCGAAGACGUACUAUUAUUGGAGAUGUACGUGGUGUUGGAUUAUUUAUUGGAAUAGAGUUGGUACGUGAUCGUGAGGAGCGAACUCCCGCGACGGCUGAGGCCAAGCACGUCGUAUCCAGAAUGAAGGACCAGAAAAUUCUUGUGAGCAGCGACGGCCCCGAUAAUAAUAUUUUAAAAUUAAAACCUCCGAUGGUAUUCUCGAUUGAAAACGCGGAUCACUUUGUUAACACCCUCGACUACGUCUUGCAGGAGGUCCAGCUUGAUAUCGAUCAGGUAAUCGAGCCGAGGACCGCGAUAUUGGAGGCAGUCAUCUCUAAGGUGGAUAUCGAUCCCUCGAUACCGCGUCCGGCUAAAUCCGUCGCUAUUCGGGCGAGUUAA